UAAGAAUCGGUACAUUACUUGUUUUUCCAAAUAACAAACUCUUAUCGAGCAAUACAACGAAGUCAUCUAAAGUGUUCAGUAUAAAAUGUAAGACUGUAUGGUGUGUAUUCAGCAGCGAUGAAGUUAAUUCUCCUUCUCAUUGGAUUCGCAGCUGUAGCUGUUCAAGGCCAAGACGACAACUGUCCUUCUAUGAAAUCUCGUAAACAUGCGAAAUCUGGAGAUCUUUAUUGCUGCGAUAGCACAAUCAAAACUGUUAUCAAAAGAGGAAUAAGAACGUUGAGCUAUUUUGGUGAUGACGGGCCACAAACUCUUGGACCAAUUGUUCAAGGUCUGAGCACUUAUGUUCAGAGACAUUAUGGAGUGGCGUACGAAAUUGUCCUGGCUCCGAAAGGAUUUAUUUUGAACAGCAAUUACAAUGGAAGCAGUGUCUGCAAAUUUGAAACUAACAGCUACACUAUGGCUGUUUACGAGACCCCAGAACACUACGAUGUUAACGGUCCAGGAGAGGCCUACUAUUACCACUUUGCUGCAAACGACAAACUUCGUAUUCCAUCCGUUUCUUCGCACCUCAAAAAAUUUUCCGGACUUGUUAACACUGUCACCGAACGAGAUGUUUUGAGAAACUAAAUUUGUGUUAAAAUGUGCCCUGUGUGAAUAUAAUUUUCCCUGUGUGUUUUUGAGAGGAUAAAAAGAAACAAUACGGGGAUCGUCGUCAUUUCAUUUUGUGCUGAACCAGAUUAUCCAUAAAGAAUUGUAAAAAUGUAAA